CGUUUCAACGGAGUCAUUUACUCUCGAACCAAAGAGAGCACGGCCCAUGUUUUAGAGGAGGAAAUCUCUUCUCUCUUACACAAAGGGGCGAUCCGUGUGGUUCCGCGAGAUCAAGCCCAACAUGGCUUUUAUUCUCGCUACUUCCUGGUUCCAAAGAAGGACGGCUCCCUACGUCCGAUCUUGGAUCUCAGGGUGCUAAACAAACAUUUGAGGCAAUACAACUUCAAAAUGUUAACGUACUGCACUCUUCUACGCUCAAUACGUCAGAAUGAUUGGUUCACAUCAAUUGAUCUGAAAGAUGCCUUUUUCCACGUAGGCAUCUACCCCCCUCACACAAAAUUUCUCCGCUUCGCCCAUCGCAGUGUUUGCUACGAAUACACAGUUCUACCCUUCGGCCUCUCCCUAAGCCCACGGGUGUUCUGUCAUUGUGUAGAGGCGGGUCUGGCUCCAUUGAGACUAACGGGAGUCAGAAUUCUGACUUAUAUCGACGAUUGGCUCAUCAUCGCCAAUUCGAAAGUCAGAGUUGUGCAGGACACACAGCUAGUUCUGACACAUCUGUCGUCUCUUGGUUUCAGAGUGAACCUCUCCAAGAGCAAUCUCUCUCCAUCCCAGAGUGUAACGUUCUUGGGAUUGGACCUAAACUCUGUGUCUAUGCGAGCUUGGCUAUCAGCAGACCGCAUUUUAUCACUCAGAGUCUGUCUCUCUCAGUUCAAACCGGGCUCGAGAGUACAGUAUCGCACAUACCUCAGGCUGCAAGGGCUGAUGGCUUCAGCUUCUCACGUCCUCCCGCUAGGGCUAUUCAGAAUGAGGAGCUUUAUGAGGUGUAUUUCAUCCCUCCACCUCAGCCCCGUGAGCGAUCUCCAUCGUCGCCUCUCGGUGACACGCGAGUGCUACCAAACUCUGCGUCACUGGGAAAACACAGACUUUUACACUCAGGGAACCCCUCUCGACAUCAUUCUCAUGAGGAAAGUCGUGACAACAGACGCGUCCCUCUCGGGGUGGGGUGCCACUCAGGAGGGACGUAUUGUGAAUGGGAAGUGGCCGAUCCAGCUGUGCGUCUCUCGGCGUGGAUGCACUGGCCCACCCAUGGCCCGAUGUGCUCCUUUAUGCGUUUCCUCCCCUCGCUCUCAUCUCUCCCACUCUAGCCAGAGUGAGAGAACAGAGCUUGACACUGAUCCUGAUAGCACCCAGGUGGCCGAAAUCACCGUGGCUGGCAGAGAUUAUCCCUCUCCUUUAUGCACAGCCAUGCGCACUCCCGUUACGCACGGACCUACUGUCUCAGGCGAGCGGGGAAAUACACCACCCCCGCCCAGAGCGAAUAGCUCUUUGGGCUUGGCCCGUGAGAGGUAUGACCUUAUUGCGAUAGGGGUCCCCUCUCGCGUUGCUGCUACCAUACAAUGUGCUAGAGCGCCCUCUACCAGGUCACUUUAUGAAAUUAAGUGGCAGGUAUUUGAAGGAUGGUGUGCCUCUCAUCAGUCAGUGCCUUACCAGUGCUCUGUUGCUGAUGUGCUGUGCUUUUUACAGGACCUUAUGGAUAAAGGGUAA